AUGUGUAAAGUGUUAGCGAGGAGUGAACACCUGGCCUACAUUCUGAUCCUCCACAUCUGCUACUGCUUAAUCCUCACUCCAGAGCAGCACUGGACACAGCUCUGGUCCAGCAGUGGUCAACUCAUAGAGCCGCCGUUGGCCUUCAUCACUCUCCAGGUACCAUGUUCCUCACAGACAACUCCUCCCCUUGGCCUGGACCCCCAUCUCACCCCCCUGAGCGUUUCGCUCUACAGCUUAGCAUCAAAGAGCCGAGAUCGUGGGAUUAAUGCCAUCUUUGAGCAGGAUGAGCUGCUGCUGUCCUGCCUCGCUCUGUCCCAUUCCUCCUCCGUCCUUAUCACUACCGGCUUCCCCACACACUACAUGCAUAAUCCUCCAGAUGAGACAGAUGGGCCUCCUGGAGCUGUGGCCCUGGCGAACAUGCUGUUGUCCCUGGGCAAACGGGUAACCAUAGUGACGGACCGGAGAGGCCUCCAGCUGAACCAGGACAUCAUCAACGAGGCCGUGAGCUCAGUUUGGAAAAAGCAAAACAUAUUUACUCACAUCAACGGGUUGGACCGGACUGUGGGCUGGCCCACCAUCAGCAACGACCCGGCUAGGGUUAAGAGGAAGACGGCCUUCUGCCUCCAGCUCGAGCCGCCUCAGUUUUAG